GCGCUACAUCCUGUUUAUCUUACUCCUACCCUGCUGCUUUUACCCCUCUAGCCCUCUCACAGACAACACAACAGCAGCACAGAGCAGUGUCAAGGGCUGCUGAAGGAGGAGGGUGAGAAGAAGAAAGCGAAAACAUAAAAAGGGAAGAGGAACAUGGGGGGAGGGAUGUUAACAUGACAGCAUGUUAAAGAGGAAGAGCGAGAGGAAACAAGAACCAGUAACCAGUAGAAGAAAAAAAAAAUGGAGGAAGGUUUUUGCAUCAUCCAGAGAUCAUCCCCAUCUAUGCACUGCUGCUUUAAUAUACAUAAUAUAACAAGCAAGGGCAGUGAAAGGACCCCGGGCUGCAGCUAAUUGUCAACCACUGACUCUCUACUGCCUUUGGCUAAAGGAAGCAGCACCGUUAGCAUCAAGCUUCUGGGGACAAUGCGCCAAGGCAAACAGAGAGACUGCACUGGAGCUGGAGCUCUAACACAUGCUUUGCCUGUGCACGCAUGUGUCAGACAGCUCCAAAUACCUGGAUAAGGACUACAUUUUUCUAUCUUUCUGAGUAAAAGCCACAUGUAGGUUGGGUUAAAAGAAGAGGAUGAUUUGUCACAUGUUGUAGAGGAAAUAUGUGUCUGAGUUGACGAGCCUAAACUGUAUGUGAUUGUGAUUUGGCUAAAGGCACAGCAGCAACCAAGAGGGUGAUCAGUGUGUGAGGAUUGUAAUUCAUCACAUUCAGAAGCAAUGGAUGCCCAAAAGAGACAAGUACUUAGAUAAGAACGGGCAAUAACAAGACAUGGGACGGAGUGGACUCGCAUACUGCAACGGACUUGUCAGACAACAACAUUGUCUGAGUGUCAAAUGAUUAACAUACAUUAAAAUGACAGAUCAUCAAUAGUUCCUUAAGCAACCCACCAGACUUCACUUUGCCUCCUGGGAUCAAAGACUAGUCAGAUACUACUGAUGUUUGACCUACAAGCAACUGUCCAAGUGAAUUAGUCCUGUCGAAACCAUGCAGUGGAGACGACGCCACUGUUGUGCACAUACAGCUAAAUUUCUCUGUCUCCUCUCACUGUUGGGUCUACUGGCCUUUCUGGUCCACCAGGUGUGGCUGCCAAAGCUCACAGGUACGUCACGGUGGAGAGGUCAUCCUGUGGUGUACGGAGGUGGUGAACUUCAUACCACCAAAGCCAAAAGGAACAUGAGCGCCCCACAUUCAGCGUUGAGUUUUGUCAUUGUUCCUCAGCCGACCUUCAAGGCUGAUGCCAACAUCAGCUCCCCUGAGAAGGAUGGUGUAUCCUCCCAUCAAGGAGACCCAGGUUUUGAGUUUUUGAACACUUUAGCAGUCAACACUAGCCAAAGUGUAGAGAGAGAUCUUAGUAGCACAAUAACCCGUGGGCCUUUUACUUAUAUUAUCAACGAGCCCGACAAAUGUGCUGACAGCAGACCCGCGCCAUUUUUGGUGUUGCUGAUAGCCACGGAAGCUCGGCAGGUGGAGGCGAGAAAUGCCAUACGUCAGACAUGGGGGAAUGAGAGCGUGGCUCUGAAUGUGGGAUUUAUCCGGCUUUUUCUGCUGGGGAAAAAUGAAGGAGAGCUGGGACUUUUACAACAACGAAUGCUAGAAGCAGAGAGCCGGAGGUAUCACGAUAUAAUUCAGCAGGACUUUAUGGAUUCCUACAAAAACCUGACAAUUAAAACAUUGAUGGGAAUGAAUUGGGUGGCAAUUUACUGCCCACAGGCCAGCUAUGUCAUGAAGACGGACAGCGACGUGUUCGUCAACACAGAGUACCUCAUUUACAAGCUGCUCAGGCCAGAGCUGAUGCCUAAGAAGAACUACUUCACAGGCAAUAACAUGAGAGGCUUUGCACCCAACCGAAACAAAAACAGCAAGUGGUACAUGCCCCCUGAGCUGUACCCAAGUGACAAGUAUCCCACAUUCUGCUCUGGAACUGGUUACGUCUUCUCUGGAGACUUAGCGAGGAAAAUCUAUGGCGCAUCACUGAGAAUCCCCCGCCUGCAUCUGGAGGAUGUGUAUGUAGGAAUAUGCCUGGCCAAGCUCCGGAUCGAGCCCACUCCUCCAUCCAAUGAGUUCCUAUUCAACCACUGGCGGGUGUCCUAUUCCAGCUGCAAGUAUAGCCAUCUGAUAACAUCACAUGGGUUUUAUCCCAAUGAACUACUUAAAUACUGGCAUCACCUGCAGAGCAACAAACGCAAUGCAUGCAUCAACACAUUGAGAGCUGGCAGGACAAACUCAAACAGAAUGAACAGGGAGAGACCAGCUCAAUAACUGAAAAGGUUAUCCCCAAACUCUCCUUGUUACAAGUUCCUUGUUGGAUACAAGUAAUUAUUUAUAUCUCAGCUCAUUCUGUUAUAAACACCAAGGUAUUACUGGAAACUCUGCAUUAAUGUGUAAAAACUGAUGAAGUGCUUCACUUUUAUUGCCAACUUUGUACAAAACAGAUGAACAAUGUUUAUAUGUCUGAGUCACACCAUUGGAGAGUCUAUGUACGGUUAUAUUUUACAACAAAAUAAGCAGUAGUUCACUGUGGCUUCUUUCUUGUAAUAACAUAAGAUUUAUCAUACGUGUUUUAUAUAUGCUGCCUUACAGACACAGGCUACUCUAAAACUAGAGUGGAUAGGUUAGAGUGCCAAUUAACAUUUCUACAU